UGCCACUUGAGUCUGCUGAGCAAGUAUCCGGAUAAUUGCGCGCGUGGUUUCGGAAUUCAAAUGUAUUAUCCGGACAAACUCGGGUAUCCAUGGCGACGGGGGACAUGAGCAACAAUGCGGCGAAGGUGAGGAAGCAGCUUGUGGCGAUCCGUUACCCGCAUGACAUUGCGGCAUCUGUGGAGACGCUGGCGCGAGGCAAUGCCGCGGAUCACUUAGCAGAACUUCUUCGAAUACUUCAUUAUGCCCUCCUCGACCAUUCACGUCAUGUGGCCGAGCUUGUGCAAGCCGCCGAUCUGGACCUGUACGGGAAGACCGACGUCAAGUUCGUCGACGGCGUCCUCCGCUUUGCCAGGGAUACGUUUGCGUACUUUCCCCACCUCACCACCUCACAGUUGUUGUCGCCGCAGCACUUUCGCGAAUGCAAGUUGAUCGUCGUGGCCGACCUCUUGGCUCACGUGGCGCAAGCACAUGCCGAAGCCAGUCGAAGGCGGAAGCAGCAGCAAGCUGUAUGGAUUCCGCCGUCACACAAACCCUCGUUCCAUCGUAGCGGCGACCUUCCUCGAGUGCCGUCGCAUCAUGUCACACCCGCACAAGUAGAUGGCACGUCGUCCCCUUGGAUCAGCAUGAACCUGGGACAGCCAAAGGCCGCGAGAGUUGUACGCCACACUAGAACAACCCAGCGACCGUCGAAUGGCGUUGCCGUGCAUGUAUCGGAUGCGUUGCCGACAGCACCGCUGCAUGAAGUCCAAACCCAUUCCAUAUUGGACUGGAACACACCCAUUGAAGACGUUCCGUCGCACGCUGCAUUGGACAAAGACAUCUUGAACCCCCAUCGUAGCCCCGACAGGAUCAAGCGAAACAUGUGGUUCUACUCGAACCAGCACGAUGCCGACGAAGAAGACAUGUAUCCGCGAGCUUCCAUGAACAUUCAACGAGCUCCGUCCGUCGACAUACCCACGCCGCCGAAGCCAGUGCCAGUCGCGUCCGCCAGCCCAAGAGUUCCACCUAACGGGCACUCCUCACCCCCUUCUCCACCUGUGACCUUGGAUGAUGUCCUCUCGGCGCUUUCCAAGCUUGAAGAGGUUGUGGCAGCGAAGAUGGACACCCUUACGCACGCGUUCGAGGCCAAAUUUGCAGCCCUCGACGAUCGCGUGGCCCGACUGGAGAGCGUUCAAGUGACAAGAACCACCACACCACCGUCAUCACUAACCUCCAUUCCCCAAGUCAGUCCCAACCAACAAGACGACCCGCCUCCCCGUGUAAAACUAUCGACUUUCAUCGCUCAAUCCACCCAAGCCCAGUACAAGUGGCCGCCCGAGCCCAGUGUCUUCGGGCAGUAUCCGUCAGUAUCUCAGCCAUGAUAGAAUUGACCCCCCCUCCUCC